UCAUGAGCAAAAGGCCACUGGAAAGCUCCGAAUUAGAGCUGGCCUCCGAACUACCUCUCACCGCCCUGGAAACCUUGGACGCUCUGGACUCAGUGGAGCAUUUCUCCUUGGAAUCAGGCGAUGAUAGUGAAGACGAAGACUUUGACUUCGGGGAAAAUGACUACCGUGAAGCCUUGCCCGGGGAGAAAAUUCUAGUUCGACCUAACGAUUACAAUGACAGCGACUGUUCUUCCGACGAAGAGGAGAUCAGAAACAGGAUCGGCAACAUUCCAAUGGAAUGGUAUGACGAUUACGAUCAUAUCGGAUAUGAUAUCCACGGAGAGAAAGUGGCUAAGACCCAUAAGGAGGGAGACCAGUUGGAUAAGCUUCUCGAUAGGAUGGAUAAUCCUGACUAUAGGCGAACUGUCCACAACAAACGUGAAGGAGAGGACAUCGUUUUGGAGGAUGACGACGUGGCUAUAAUUGAAAGAAUUAGGAGUAACGCUUAUCCAGAUCUGGGAUAUGAUCCUUAUGAACCGUAUGUUGACUUCUUCACCAACGAGAAGCAGUUGACCCCCCUCGUUGAUACUCCAGAACCUAAGAGAAGAUUCAUACCCUCAAAGCACGAGCACAAGAAAGUAAUGAAGAUCAUCAGAGCCAUUAGAAACGGCUGGAUCAAACCCAAGGAUGACACUCCAAAGAAACCAGUUUACUUUGAUCUGUGGGCCAACAAAGAAGAACCUCAGAAACACAAUCCAAUGCACAUCCCCGCUCCAAAACUAGCACUUCCCGGUAACGAGGAGUCUUACAAUCCUCCAGCAGAGUACCUGCCAACCCAGGAGGAGAGGGACCAAUGGGAGAAUACUGACGAAGUGGAUAGGACCCAAAACUUUUUACCUCAGAAAUAUUCCUGCUUGCGUCAUGUUCCUGCGUAUCCUCAACUGAUCAACGAGAAGUUUGAUCGUUGUUUAGAUCUCUACCUGUGUCCCAGAAAGAUGAAGAUGAAACUUAACAUGAAUCCAGAUGACCUGUUGCCCAAACUUCCGAAACCCAAGGACCUCAAACCUUUCCCCUCGACCAAGGCAGUAAAAUUCAGCGACCACGAAGGCCACGUUUACUCCAUCGACUCCAACAAAUCUGGCGAGUUCAUUGUUUCUGGGGGAGAAGACAAGAUGCUGAGAAUCUGGGAGAGCUCGACUGGGCGGGUACUAAACAAGAUAGCGUUACCAGACACCAUCACCAGCGUGAAAUGGAACAAGGUCCACAGCAUGGUAGCGGCAGCUUGUGGUAACACUGUGUACCUCCUUAACCCUGGUUUAGGGGACAGAGUGGUGGUGGAGUCCACCAACAAACUUCUCCAGGGACUUACUGAUAUCAAAGAGUUGGAUCACUGUCGGUGGUAUCCGCUCGGUAAUGAUAAGGAUGGGUUGAGGGCUAAACUUGUCCACAAUCAUGACAUCAAUAAUAUCACGUGGCAUAACAACGGUAACUACCUGGCUGUCACCAUGAGAGACAGUCAGUCCUGUCCCGUUCUCAUCCACAACGUCGCCAAAAACUCAAGUCAGAAACCCUUUAACAAAUCAAAAGGUCAGAUCCAACAAGUCGAGUUUCACCCCAGCAAACCGUUCUUCUACGUUCUAUCCCAGCGAUAUGUCAGAGUUUAUAACCUGGUUAAGCAAGCCAUGGUUAGAAAGCUAAUCUGCAGUGUAAAGUGGGCGUCCUGUAUGGCUAUUCAUCCUAAGGGGGAUAACCUCAUUGUGGGUAGUUACGACAAGGCCCUGGUCUGGUUUGAUAUGGACUUGUCAGUGAAACCCUACAAAAGUUUACAGCAGCACAAGAAAGCUAUCAGAGACGUUUCAUUUCAUCCCCGAUAUCCUCUGUACGCUUCAAGUUCAGAUGAUUGUUCAACUAUUAUAACCCACAGUAUGGUUUAUAAUGACCUCGUUAAAAACCCGUUAGUAGUACCGGUGAAAGUGCUGAGAGGACACAAAGUUACUACUAAGUAUGGGGUGCUGUGCAAUGUUUUCCAUCCUCAGCAACCCUGGAUUUAUACCGGUGGUGCUGACGGUGAUAUUUGGCUUUUUGUGUGAGGGAGGUUUUAGUCGUUUAGGUCUGGUUUUAAUAUUUGAUGUCCGUACUUUAAAGAAUUCUUCAGUUAUGGACAUGGUACGUGAUAAAAGAUGACAGUGGUUGGGUAAAUUAUUCUUAGAUUCUAGAUGAUGGUAUGUUAUGUUCGAAGAAAAGCGUGUAAACUUGACGUAUCUUUUUAUAAUUUAUUGAGAUUUUUGCUUUUAACAUACCACACAAUUAUUAUUACUGUCCUUGGAGAACAUUACUAUCAA